AUGGUCACUCCGCGCGUGACGCCCAUUCGCUCGAACGGCGUCGGCCACCGGACGUCGAUCAAGACGCUGCUCCAUGAGCGGCACGUCACGCCAGACGAGGCGCUACUCACCGAAAAAAAGGACCGCCAGCAGGACGACGACGACGACGACGACGACGAGGCCGUGGCGGUCCGGGAAGACGAGACAGUGCCACUGGGUCUGGCGGUGAAUACCCGCAACUAUCAGGCCCUGAUGGACACUUUGGCUCGACGGACACUGGAGUCGGCGCCUCGCGGAGGACGUCGAGGACAAGUGGGUACGCGGUACCAUACCAAGACGGUACCGCUCGUGCCCGGGAGUCCAACUAGACAGGAAAAGAUGGCGGCAGCUGGACAGGAAAACAAACGAGCAGAAGAGAACGAAGCAGCAGCAGCAGCGAGCGACGUGACGGUUGUGGGCAUACCAGUGGAUACGAGGAACUACGAGGCCAUUGUGAGUGGCCAUCGCCCCAUCCGGUCGGGCCCAGGGACGUUCAAUCUGCUCAAUCGACGGGCGACAGUUUCGACUAUGACGCAGUUUGUCGACACACGAGAGGACGUCCCUGCGACACGACCAGAGGGAGAUGAAGAUGAUGAAAAGGAUGAUGGUGGUGACGAUGAUGAAGGUGGUGGUGAAGGUGGUGAUGUUUGUGGAGAAGACGAUGCAGUGAUGGGGCUUCCUAUCAGCACACGAAACUAUGUGGCUUAUCUAGCAGGUCAGCAAGGACCAGGAAUACAGCAAACAGGUCAUCGGUAUCGAGGCUACAGCACGCUCGUGUCGGAGGAGGAGGUGCGCGAACCGCGUGUGAGUGAUCCGUAUGUGUCGUCUACACACUGUCAAAAGUCCCCUUCGGAAGGAUGUAUUGGUCGCAACGAUACACGGCCAUCGUGCUUUGACAACCGCCGCGCAUCGAAUGCAGCGGUUGUUCCUCAUACAGGCUGGGUCUUUGUUCAGCGUGGUGCAUUCAGGUCGUGGAAACGGUACUACGCAGUGCUGUCGGGGUCCGAGUUCAAAUUUAGCAAGGGUGUGGGUCAGUCGCCAAAAGGUUUUGGGCUUCUAGUGUCUGUAAAGCGAGUGAAGGAGCUGCACUGUGGACUACAUCUCGAGUUUGACGAUGGGAGCGUACUUCAGAUCCGCUGUCCGAGUGACUUUGAGUACGAACAUUGGCUGAGGGCGAUGGAAAAGACCAUCGAACGCAAUCAGAACUUUAACUCGCAAUCGAAGACGUCGUACACACUCACGGCGUCGGAGCAACACGAGGGCUAUAUGUUCAAACAAAAGAAAAGCAAAGCAUGGAAGCGCUGUUUCUUCGUCGUGCGUAUUGAGGGCUAUAUCGAAUGCCGAGAUGGUGAGCACGGCACACCUGACAGGAAAUAUUCUGGCUACAUCAAGGCAGUAUCGUUUGCAGACUGUCACGCAAACGGACUAGCGAUCCAGCUCUGCACGGAUGUGUCGAUGGUAUGUUACGCUGAUUCGUACGACGAGCAAAUGCUUUGGUACGGGGCUUUGUCAGCUGCAGCUAGCGCGAACGACAGGCUAGCGCAGCCAAAGAUGUCUGUAAAAAGUUGCUAUGUGCAAACAGCCGUGUCGAACCACGCAGGCUGGUUGUGGAAGCAGGCAGGAUUAUUUAAGGGCUGGAAGCGGUUGUACUUUACGCUACACGGCGCAGAAUUGGGCUAUGCGAAGGACACAAACUCAAAGACCGUGCUUUGUGAUAAGGCGCAUUCGGUGGAAGCGUGGGAAGGUCAUGCGAACGGACUGUUGAUCCGGCUGAUAAGCGGACGUGUUUGGAAAGUUCACGCCGAGACGUACGAAACAGCGAAGCGGUGGCGCUCCGUCAUCAGCAGCGCUUGCCGGCAUGCACAAACGUUCAAUCUGAAGAAGUACUUGAGCAGCCGUCGUCGCAAAAAAAUGAGGCCUGUGUUCGGCGGAUGGCUUACCGAGAUGAAAAAGGGCUCAUGCUUGCGCCGCUUCUUUGUGGCGGAUGGCGCGGUGCUGGGUGCUGCCAACGACGUGGACAAUCAGCUCGAGCGGCUUGGCACUGUAGUGGAUGUAGGCUCGACGCGCGACCUGGAACACGGGAUGAUAUUUACGCUUGCCAGUGGAGCGCAGGUGAAGGUCAACUGCGAUUCGUUGGCCGACUCCAGGUGCUGGUACGAGUGUUUGCAUUUCUCGCUCAGGUAG